AUGCCUUUACUAGCAACGGAGCACAUACCAAUCCCUACCAAGGAUAUCAUCAGCUGGUGCUACGACAACAGAGAAGCUUUCGAUCAAGACAAGCCGAUCUACGUCGAUGCUGCGGAUCCGUCUCGUAGUAUUUCGGCUACACAAGCGUACAAACUGAUCCGCCAGCUCGUUGCGGGCUUUCAAGCAGCAGGACUGAAGAAGGGAGAUGUCGUCUGUCUCCACUCGUUCAACAACCUAUACUAUCCCAUCUUGGUUCAAGGCAUCGUAGCCGCAGGCGGUGCGUUUGUUGGGACAAACCCCAGCUACACUCCGUUCGAGCUCGCCCAUGCCCUCAAAACCAGCAAGGCCAGGUUCGUGAUCGCGGAGCCCGAGAUCCUCUCCGCCCCCAAGACGGCGGCACUGGAGCUCGGCAUGCCGAAGGAGAGAAUCCUUCUCCUUGCGGCACCGGAAGAGUGUGAGGGCUACGAGCAUGCAUCCUGGAUGUCGUUGCUCGAGCACGGCGAGCAGGAUUGGGUACGCUUCGAUGAUGAGCAGACAGCGAAGGACACGGCUGCCUUCCUGAUGUUCAGCUCCGGUACCACAGGUUCGUCACGUGUGCUCUCCAGUUCAAUUGACCAAGCACUGAUUCAUCUGCCAGGCCUCCCAAAAGCAGCAGUCCAGUCCCACUACAACCUCAUCGCCGAACACACCCUCGUCCACGAAAACCCCAAACACAAGGAGCCCUACCACAUGAGCCGCGUAGUCUGCCUCCCCAUGUUCCACACCGCCAUAGCGCCCUUCGUCCACAUAACAACCCUCCGCUCCGGCCGCGAAAGCUACAUCAUGAAACGCUUCGCCCUCCGCGAGUAUCUCGAAUACAUGAAGCGCUUCCAGAUCACGAACGCAUUGCUCGUUCCACCGAUGAUCAUCGCCGUCGUCAACGCCGCAGCUGCUAGUCCGGAGCAGGAGAAAUGGGUUCGUGAGUGCUUGAGUAGCGUGGUCCAUGCCGUUGGUGGAGGCGCUCCUGUGGACAGAGAGAUUCAAGCGAGGCUGCAAACUCUCUUGCCCCCUGAAAGCGUCGUGACGCAAGUCUGGGCAAUGACCGAAACGACCUGUGUUGCCUCUGCGUUCUACUACCCGGAAUCCGACUCGACUGGCUCGACAGGCCGCUUCAUGCCGAAUCUCGACGUCAAGAUCGUGGACCCGGACACUGACUCGGAUGGACCUGAGGUCGGACCGUAUGAUGUUAGGGGCGAACUCUGCAUCCGCGGUCCUACGGUCAUCAAAGGCUACCUCGACAACCCUGAAGCCAACGCUCGGGACUGGGAUGAGGAGGGGUUCUUCCAUACUGGAGACAUCGUCUACUGCGAUUCCAAGACGAAGCUAUGGUACGUCGUUGACCGGAGGAAAGAACUGAUUAAAGUCCGUGGAUUCCAAGUGGCGCCGAGCGAGAUCGAAGGCGUGCUGCUCUCGCAUCCGCUCGUCAAGGAUGCGGCAGUCAUUGGGGUCGUGCGGGGCGAGGCUGGAGAGCUGCCCCGUGCAUACGUGGUCGUUGAAGCGGGCAAGACGCUGACCGAAGAGGAGGUAAGGAGCUGGGUUGGGGAGAAAUUGGCGAGGUAUAAGCAAGUUGAAGGAGGAGUGAAGUUUGUGGAGAGUAUCCCAAAGACCGUCAGCGGCAAGAUCCUGAAAAGGGUGCUGAAAGAAGAGGCGAAGAGGGAGCUGAGUGCAAGCCUGUGA